GAAGAUAAAAGAGCUUAUCUCUUCGUAGCUGCAGAAACUUCCAACUAAAGAAAAAUGAAAACUCUUCACUUCUUAGCUCCCAGUUCAGCUAAACCAACUAUCAUCAUCAAUCUGAAGCAACAAUCUUACGGAGCAAUAACGCAGACUCAGUUCGUGUUGCGUCGUCAAGAAAGACGAUCUCUCUCGAUAAACUGCUCAAACAGUGGCAACAACAAUAGCAGUGAAGAGAAGGUCUCUCAGCCGUUGGAUGGAGUGGAGAUAAGGUUCAAACGAGGGUCAAGAAGGAGAAUGAGGGAAGAAGGUUCAGGUGAAGGGCAAAACGGAAAGAAAGUGGAGAAAACUGUUCAGAAGACAUGGGAAGAGAUGACAUUGAAUGAGAAAGCGUUGGAGCUUUAUGUUGGGGAGAAAGGUUUGUUGUUUUGGCUGAACAAAUUGGCUUAUGCCUCAAUCUACAUUGUGAUUGGUGGUUGGAUUCUUUUCCGGUUUGUUGGACCGGCUUUGAAUCUUUAUCAGCUUGAUACACCUCCUCUUGAUCCUAAAAACAUCUUGAAGGGCUAAACAAGCUUUUCGCUUUCUCUGUUAUAGAACAUUUUGGGGCUUAUAUUCUUGCCAGUUUCGAGUAAUGUGUACCCAAAUCAAACAAGGUUGAGAUACCGAGUAUUUUUGUAAUGACAGUAAAAGAACACUCUUCUUGAUUCUUCAAGAUUGUGCCGGAGUUAUGGCUUGCUCAAUGAUAUCUCGGUUAGUC